AUGAGGUCCAGUCUUCCUUUCUCCCUCCCUCUGUUCUUUCAGUCAAACAAUACCUCUAUUGCUUCCCUGGUGCCGUCGACCGCAGAGGGUAAACCCAUACCCCUCGAUGACAGCACCGCAGCUCACCGGACACUGGCACUUCGGGAGCUGAACAGCAAUUUCCCUUCACCGGUUGCUCGCCACAAAUAUGAAAGGUCCACCGGCGCCCAGAGCAAGACUUAUUCCAAGCCCGUCAUAGUCAGGACCUACAGCGGACCAUCCCCGUCGCAGGGGCACUCCCGCUCCAACUCAAACUCGGCUAGGCGUGCUAGCAAUCGUCGAGGCCCUCCUUCGACUACCUCGACAUCCAUCUCCUACAUCUCUCCGACCGCCCACUCCAGACCCGCUGGAGGGUCACAGAAUGGCAGCUUACUGAGCAUGGCGCGGGGAAACGCCAAGAAGAAGUUGUGGCCCUGGAGACAGGGCCAGGACGAGGUCCCAGCCGAGACUCUGCCGCCGCAUGAGGCGUUCUCCUUCAAGGCGAUCAUGGCCAACCUUCAAGCCCAGUCCAGUGAGAUGGACAAUGCCCUCGAUGGUAUUGCCGAGAUAUACGCGCGCUCGCGCUAUAGCUUGAGCAACCAGUACGAGGUGCAUGUGGCACCGCAUGGCUCAGGGGCAUCCUUUGUCAGUGCCGUUCCGUCGUCAUCUAUCCGGAGAAGAGGUUACACCAAGAACAGCCAGAGCCAAAACGGGUUGACGCUGCAAGCCAUUCAGUCGGGCGACGAGGACAACAGUGCUAGUGCACGAUCGCACCGCAAACGCCGAAGUACUGGGCGCCGCCAGAGCGCAGCCUACGGUACACUGGAGACUAUCAUGUCAUCAAGCAGGUCCUCUGAAGAGGAUAAGUCAAAGAAGAAGUCGGCGUCAGAGCUCAAAGAUCAAGUACGCGGGCGGGCCUCUUCGAAGUCAGGCCGGAGUGGUUCCGGAUCCCCCAAUACCGGCAAGGGCAACGGCGCCAAUCCUCUUGCUGGAGUGCCGAAGCCCAGAGAACCAACAAGGAAGGGGUCGAAGUCCUUUGCCAAUGCCAUCAUCCACGCUGACAGUUCCAAAUACAACCAGCCAGGCGACGAGGCGGCGACGACGCCGCGGAGUUCAUCUGCCGCUCUCGUGAGCGAACCGUCAUUACCACAGACAUCUAGCAGUCAUCUCGAGAUACGGACGACACCAAACGAGCUAUUGGGCACCGACUCUCCACGCAGCAGCCAAGCACAGUCUCCUGGCCGUGAUGAGUCUCCAGAAUAUGCACACGCGAACCGGCACUCACGACAAGAGGACUCAAAUGCCUCCAAUCCCGGAGCGAGAUCUGGAUUGACUGAUUGGGUUCCAUGGAAGACUGCGUUGUCGGGCGCAGUAGCCUCCCCGCAACCAAGCAGUUCCUCUGCAGCCCGAAGCCAAGCUGAAGGAACCCUUCGCGAGUUGCUCAAAGGCAAAGGCAAAUCAAUUGCGACGGAGUAG